UUGAAAAAUGUACAGGAAUCGCCAUAUUUUCGUCAGCUAAGGUCUCAACGUUUCAGGAAAGACUACUACCAAGUUUUGGGUUUGCAGCGGGAUGCGACUCAACGUCAAAUAAAAAACGCCUACUAUCAGCUAUCGAAGAAGUACCAUCCAGAUGUCGCUGGGCGAAACGCUGGCACAGAGUCGAAAUUCAUUGAAAUAACGGAGGCGUAUGAAUGCCUGAAGGAUCCUGAGAGGAGAAGGAUCUACGAUGGUAGCUCAGUUGGACGAGGAGGGCGCUACACAGAGACGUCGUCUGACUUC